UAAAGGAUGAUUCUGUGAUUUUUCUCUGAACAGUAUUUGAAUAUUUUUCUUUUCUGCACUGUUGUUAUAUUUUUUGUUUUCUACACCAGGUUUAAUGACGACAGUCUGAGUGUUUAACAGGUAUCUGAUGGUAAUCGAUGAAAUCAGGGCUGGGCGAUAUGGAUCAAUAUUCUUUCACAGUAAAUAUAAUUUUUAUAUUUCUCACAUUGUUAGACAACAUGAUACAGUACAGAUACAUAUAUAAAAUAAACAUGUUUCUGCUAAUCACUGAAUCAAAUUUAUCAUAUUUCAUCAAAUUAAUGUAGAAAUUAUAUGAAUUAUAAAUAAUAUAAAUCCAUCCUGCUCACAGUUGUCUGAUGAAACAGGAGAUAUUAAAGGUAGAAACACUGCAGUAAAGACGAUCUCUAAUCUCUAUUUUCUGCGUAUUCAGCGUCAUAUCGCCCAGCCUUCGAUAAACUUUGAUUUUAAUAUUUUAACUGAUGUUAACAAGAAUGUACAAAUGCUUUCAAUUAUAUUUUCACCUGUUUUAUUUUAUUUUUCAGGCUUUGAAAAUGUUUGUAAAGUUUUGAUAAUGAAUGUAUGAAGAUCCUGAACUUUUAGUUCUGAACAAGUCCAGAAAACUGUCAACUGACGGUUCAGAUAGUAGUGGCUUAUCUGGAAACCGCGUUCUGACAAAGUUUGCUUUACUUUAAAGGUUCAGUUUUCCCCAGAUAAGCCAUGAAAUCUAUUACAUGAUCCUUAGAUAUAUAACUAACAACCAGCAAACUCAAAAGUCACCAGCAGAAAACGAAACACAGAACACACAGCAAAUCAAAGUCCAGCCCACAGUUCAAACGCAACAAGAGUCCAUAUAUCAGUUCAGAAUAUAAAUGAGUCACUUUCUCCACAGAAUAUCUCUUCGGGACACCAACAACCAACUCUCUGUUUUAGCUCAAAAGAAACCGUUGGACGAUGAAAAUGGAACAGAGUUAGCUCUCUGGCAAUGUAAAGACCAGCUCUGCAAAAGCUCCUGAAAUCCAGCCGGAGCAUGAAGCUGCCGGCUCCGGGGGUGGACGGCCUGUUAGCUGCACACUUCUCCGGGGAGUUUCGGCCACAGUUUAGGUUACGGCUUUGUUAACUUUGUUAACCCUAGUGAUGCAGAGAGGGCUAUCAGUACCCUCAAUGGCCUGAGGCUACAGUCUAAAACUAUCAAGGUUUCGUACGCGCGGCCGAGUUCAGACAUGAUCAAAGAUGCAAAUCUGUACAUCAGCGGUCUGCCGAGGACGCUGAGUCAGCCGGAGCUGGAGGACAUGUUCACUCGCUUCGGACGCAUCAUCAACUCCAGGGUGCUGGUGGACCAGGCCUCAGGGCUUUCUCGGGGUGUGGCCUUCAUCCGGUUCGAUAAGCGAUCCGAGGCCGAAGACGCCGUCAAGCACCUGAAUGGGCACACGCCCCCCGGCAGCUCUGAGCCAAUCACAGUAAAGUUUGCUGCCAACCCUAAUCAGGCCAGGAACUCCCAGAUGAUGUCACAGAUGUACCACGGCCAAUCACGGCGCUUCGGGGGUCCUGUCCAUCACCAGGCGCAGAGGUUCAGGUUUUCUCCAAUGAGCGUUGACCACAUGGGCGGAGGGGGUGGGGCCUCGGGGAACUCGUCCUCUGGUUGGUGCAUUUUCAUCUAUAACCUGGGUCAAGACGCAGACGAGGCCAUCCUGUGGCAGAUGUUUGGGCCGUUCGGCGCUGUUGUCAAUGUGAAAGUGAUCCGAGAUUUCAACACAAACAAGUGCAAAGGCUUCGGCUUCGUUACCAUGACGAACUACGAGGAAGCUGCCAUGGCGAUCCACAGCCUGAACGGGUACCGACUGGGAGACAAGGUCCUGCAGGUGUCCUUCAAGACCAGCAAGGGACACAAGUAGAGUGGGGCAGGAGGGGGGAGGAAGGGGUGGUCUUGACAAGUUAAAAAAAAAUGUUUCUUCUGUCAGUUGAGCCGAAGAGUUUUCAGACAGUUUUGUCAGUUUUUCUCAGUUUUGUUUGUGUCACUGUGAGUUUCUUUUUCUCCCAGCAUGCCCGCUUUUUUCAAUAUCACUUGUAAAACGUUUGAACAUUGUUUCUCUGAAUGUCUGAAUAUUCGUCCAGGAUGCUGGACUGAGAGGUGCCAGGUGGUGGUUACUAAUGUAACCUGAGUUCCUCACUUGUUGAAAUGACGUUGGUAGUUUGGAUCCACAUGUUUGAAGUUUCACUGUGUCUCAGCUUUGAAAACCAGAUGUGUGUGUGUGUGUGUGUGUAACUGACAUGAAUGAAACCGCUUCAGUCGUUUCAGACAUUAAACUACAAACUGAUCCCUGCAGAAAAUUUGAUAAUGAAAACGUGGGUCAAAGGUGACUGCAGUGUAAGCAACAGGAUCUUUUUUUUUUUUUUUUUUUUUUUUUUUUAACAUUAAAGUGAAACAGUUGGUCAGUUCUUUUCUAUAGUAUAAAUACUGAGUUUGCCCUGCAGACAUAACGUUCAACAGAAAACAGCUGGUAGCCAUUAAACUAUAUAAAGUGUGAUUAAUAAGUUUAUCGCACAGAUUGAAAAAGUUGUUGAUGUAGAAGAAUCCACUCUGAGCUCAGUUUGUCUCAAACAUAUUUUUGUUUGAGUAUUUCAAAGUAAAUCUGUUAAUGCUGAUGUGUCAUCAGUGUCAGGUGAUUGACAGCUGUCUGGGCCAAUAAGCAUGCAGUAGACGGGACUCGAGGUAACAUUCAGAGAGGCAGUUUCAUUUCAUGUGUUUGACAAACUGAUUUUAUUUCAUAUUUUUACAAAUGGCUUUCAGGCAAAAACAGCAUUUUUAUGUGUAGUGAUUCUUUCUU